AUGAAAGGUGCUUUCAAGCGAAUUGAGGAAUCCAUGUCCUUCCUUAACGCCUUAAUUUUGGCUGUACAGCCCGAAGUUGUGCAGUGGCGCCGUCACAUCCAUGAAAAUCCCUACCUGGCCUACGAGGAGCAGCCGACCGCAGACUACGUAGCGAGCAUCCUCACCACAAUGCCGGCGGCCCUUGAAAUAAGGCGGCUGACGCCGAACAGUGUGGUUGCAGAUCUCCGUGGCGGAGCAGGGGAGGGGCCCAUGUACGCGCUGCGUGCUGACAUGGACGCGCUUCCGUUGCAGGAGGAAAGUGGUGAACCGUUCAGCUCAAAGCGGCCUGGCGUGAUGCACGCUUGCGGCCACGAUGCACACACUGCAAUGCUUCUCGGAGCUGUCAAGGUCCUUUGCCAGGUGAAGGACAAGAUUUGCGGCACUGUACGGUUUAUCUUCCAGCACGCAGAGGAGGUGAUUCCGAGCGGUGCAAAGCAGCUUGUACAGCUUGGUGUACUUGAGGGUGUCAAGAUGAUCUUUGGCUUACAUGUUGACGCCGCAAGCCCAGCUGGCACAAUUUCGUGCAAGAGCGGUGUGAUGAUGAGUGCCUGCAAUGACUUUGACAUAGUGAUUAAAGGCGCUGGUGGGCACGCCUCCCAGCCCGAGCUCUGCACCGACCCCAUCGUGAUCGCUGCCGAGGUGGUCACGAGCCUGCAGACAGUUGUGUCGCGUCGCAUCGGGGCCCUAACCGCUCCUGUUCUCAGCGUGACGAUGUUUCAGGGCGGAACGGGCAGCUACAACGUGAUCCCCGACACCGCUCACCUGCGCGGCACGCUGCGCUGCCUGGAUCGCGAGGUUCAGGCGCGUGUGCCUGGCUUGAUGGAGGGGAUCGUUUCUGGGAUUGCGAAGGCGCACGGCGCCCAGUAUGAGAUGAGUUGGCUGGAGCCCAACAUCGUCACGUACAACGAUCCGGCGGCGUAUUUAAUUGCAAAGGAGGUUGUCUUGGAGUUUGUGGGAACGGACGCGUUCGUUGAGAAACAGAAACCUUUGUUUGCUGUUGAAGACUUUUCCGAGUAUGCUGCCAAAAUACCGGGGUGCUUUUGCCUUGUGGGCAUCCGUGACGAGGCAUUUGGCUCUAUUUACACGGAGCACAGCUCGAACUUCAAGGUGUACGAAAAGGCACUCAAGCAUGGUGUGCAAGUGCAUGUGGGUCUUAUUGCGAAGCUUAUGAUGCAUAAUAUUUAG